GUCAAGUUAAGUGUAACGUGUGGUUGAGGUGUCUGUGGCCAUAUUGAAGAUAGUGGGGUGAUAGUAGCCGUACUUGUUACCGAAAGUUUAAUUUAUUUAGAACAGAAUUAUGCAAACAAUGACCACAAAGGCAGAAAAGGACAGGCAGAAGCAAAUUCAAGAAAAGUGCCAAGCAUUACUUACGCAAAUGCUAAGAGAUGAGGACAAUAAAUAUUGUGUGGAUUGUGAUGCGAAAGGUCCAAGAUGGGCGUCCUGGAAUUUAGGAAUCUUCCUUUGCAUCCGUUGUGCUGGAAUUCACAGAAAUUUGGGUGUCCACAUUUCAAAAGUGAAAUCUGUUAACUUGGAUACAUGGACACCCGAACAAGUUGUGAGUCUUCAGCAGAUGGGAAAUAGCCGUGCUAGAGCCGUAUAUGAAGCAAAUCUUCCUGACAACUUUAGGCGACCACAAACAGACUCAUCUCUAGAGGCUUUUGUACGUGCUAAAUAUGAACAAAAGAAGUACAUUGCAAGGGAGUGGGUUCCACCACCUGUUCCAAAGGUAAAUUGGGAUAAAGAAUUGGAUGAGGAAGCAGAGAGACAGAGAAGACGAAAGAAGGAAGCAAAGCAACAGCAACAACAGCAGCAGACCAGAAAAGCUGUGCCAAAUGUUGCAGUACCACAGCUGCUGCCGAAACCUAAAGGUUCUACUAGCCCUAAACCUGGACGCACACAGGGUGAAUCAAACAAACCUGCCAAAACUGAGACACAAGAUCUUCUGGGGCUAGACACUCCUGUUGGCACAACUUUGUCAGCGGCUGGUGCCAACACUUCAGGUGGAGAUGAUAUCUUCAGCAGUUUUUUGAGUGCCUUGCCAGCAGCUUCCUCCACUGUCAGCACUUCCCCAUCAUCUGACAAGAAGGAUGCUGACAGCAGCAAAGGCCGUUCUGCAGAAGAGGAGAGUUUCUUCAACCAACCAGCACCCAGCAAUCAAGAGAAGCGACAGCUCACCAAAGACUCCAUAUUGGCUCUGUAUUCAGCAGCACCAUCACAGGCACAGGCUGGAAAUCCUGCUUCCUUAUUUGGCAUUCCAGGUGGUGUGUAUACACAGGCAACAGGGUACUCCCAGGGUGCAGUGGCAUAUGGGAUGGUAGGAUCUCCUGCGGCAGCAAUUCCUAAUGGCAUAAUGCCUGGGACACAGGUUGUGCAGAAUGGAAUAUAUGCAGCAGCAGGCUUGCCACCACAGCAGCCUAAUCUGGCUUCAAAUCCAUUUUUUAACAUGGGAGCAGCAACUGUUGGCAACAUUGCAACCACCACAACAGGCUUCCCAGCAAUAUCUCAGGAGCAUGCACCCCAGACAGCGAACCAAGAUUUGAUGUUAGAUUUUGGAGUGCCCCCAACUAGUACUCAGACACCAGUGCUAAAUCACCUACCUCAGCAGAUGGCCCGGAUGAACCUUGGUGGAGCAGCCAUGAAGGCAGCACAACCACAGGCCAUGGUUGGUCAAGUUCACUCAAUGGGGAUGCAAGUGCCAGGCAUGAGUAUGAACAUUGCCCCUACAGUGCCUAAUGUGGGCAGUGCAGGUAUUGGAAUUGGGGCAUUUCCUCAGUCAGCAGGUGCUGGUCACACAUUUGCAACCAAUUUAUGGCAGUAAAGUAUCUAGUGACUGUGGUGCUGUUCUCGGUUUAUACUGUUGUCUGUUAUGGCCUUGUUUUCGUUGAGGUGAAAAGUUUAUUGCAUGGAAACAUGUCAGGCUCUAGGUGAAGAGGAUAAAGGAAAAUGAGCAUAUUCACAGGAUGUUAUGUAAGAAUUGUCAGAUUGGUUACCAAAGAGCUGUCCAAUCCAUAUUUUUUAAACUUCAUAAUUCACCAUUUUAGAAUAGAAUAUUGAAGUAGUCAAUGAAUUUGUGUCGUGAAUGCUCCAAGCUUUUCCUUUUCCAGUGAUGAGCUGUUUCAUCAUUCCAGGUUUUCUAAAGCUGAGGGAUCAUUGAACCUGCACUUCUGUAGUUCUUAAUCUGGAAUGCUAAGGCUGCUACAGUAAUUUCCAAAUGAAUCUUUGAUACAAAGUUUGCUUAAAUUCUCUUCUGUCAGUUGCAAUUGUGGACAGUUGCAGUUCUUGGCAAUUCAUCAUCAUGUGCUACACAUAUCAGCAGCAUUCUAAGCUUCGAUAGUUCCAAACUUGUGCCUGGAAUAGCUACUGUAACUGAUCCUUAAUGGUUUCAAAGUACUGCAUUGUUACUUUAAUGUUUGAGGGCUCUUGGACUUUAGUAUUAGCUGUUAGAUUCAGUAAUACAGCAUUGUUCAGAAAUUUUUUAAACUGCCUUUUCCUGUAAUAUAUAUCCACAUGUCAUAUAUAGAUCUGGUGUUAGAUCAGGAAGAGAUUGUGUCCAGCAGAUGGGAUGCAAGAUAUCUCGGAUAGUGAGUAGUAGUGUUAGAUCCAAGAGGGCCAUGGUUUUUGUCUGGCACUUAAGAGUGACUGUAUGAGCUUCACCAGCCAGAAAUAACAUACAGUGUGUGUAAAUAUUGGGAAACCAAAAACAUGUUAGUAUCAGCCCUAAAAAGUUAUAUUUGCUGAUUCUAAAGGUGAUGUUAACUAACUAAAUUAAACACCAGGUUUGUGUGCAUUUUAUUUGUUCUGUCCUGAUUGUUAUCAUAAUGAUGUUAACAUUGUCCCCAUGUUAUUGUAUGAGAUGAAAUGUUUCUCUGUCACGCUGGUCUGCAUUGCAGAGAGUGCUGGUAAUAUGAUAUUCAAGGGACCAGGAUAGAAACAGAGGUGCUUGAAGGAUAUUUUCUCCUUUUAAGUGAUAAAAAUUAUAAUUUUUUAGGGUUGGUAGGAAUGAUUGAUAUUAUUAUAGUAUUUCUGUUGUUGUUCCUUAUAAAGAGAAAGAGUGCAUGUAUUUCGUCAGUACAUGUGUGCAGUGUUUAUUGCUGAAGAGAUCAGUUAUUUUUAAUGUAAACAUUGUAUAUCUAGCUGUAGUGUGUAUAAUUUGGGCAAAGUUCUAGAUUUUGUAAGGCAGAGAAGGCUGUAAAUAUUUUGAAUUCAUAGAAUUAUUGAAUAAUGUAUUUAUAUAUGUGUGUAUGUAUGUAUGUUGAAAGUGAAGCACAAGUCAGAUCCACUUGAA